CUUGCGGGCUAAAAUUUCAAGCGAAAAACUAUAUGCUAUUCUUUCUAUAAACUCGCUCUUAAAACGCAGUGAAUGUAUAUAGUUUUUCUUAAAUUUCCCAUCUAGAAAAAAGCCUUAAUAUUUACUUAAAUAUUUUUUGCUUAUUUGCAUGCGGGGGUUGUAAAUUUGCAGCUGUUGGGGGUAAUAUAUGGCAUUAAUAGGGUCGAGAUUGCUCGCUUGUCAAACACGCAACGUGCCGGUGGCUGUCAAAACAUGCGAAUACGAAAUUUUGCUUUUAAGAACUUUCAGCAAAUCCUGUGACCUCAUUUUGUAAUGGUUUAUAAUGGAGUCGACAAAAAAAUCCCCCACAAAAAGCGCUGAUUCACGAUAAUUAUUGAAACGAAACUUCGCUUUCGACUUCCGUGUACGUACUAAGAUUGCGUGUUCGGCAUUCCGAAUUCGCCGAAAAAGCUUGUAUCGCGCAAUCAACAUUGGCCAAUAGGAAGCCUGCGUUUGCAAUUGGAACAAAUAUUCGUUAAAAGAACGUGUUUUUCUCGGUAAUUAACGCCGAAAAACUCGGAAUCGUGGUCAUGCAAUCUUUGGGUAUAAAAGGCACAAAUGUAGUCGGUUGUGUUAUUAUAUCUUGAGACAAGUUGUCGGGUAACAGUUCACUGUUUGGAAAUUGAAUUUCAUUGAAGUUGGCUGAUUGUGUAUCUAUAUUAAACAAGGUAGGUUUAUUUAAAUCAUAUUAGAUGGAUGAAUCGUGAGUUUUUUAAAUGGAUUAUAUAGUGUAGCCUGGAUGUGGGGCAUACAGGAUGCGAUUUGGGCUGAGAUGCGUCGUCCUUUUAAUAAAAGAACAUCAUUAUGUGACCACAAAGCUGGCUAACCAGACCAAAUGGCCAGAAUAGCGCGGUUUAAUGCUGUUUUAUACGCAUAUUAAACAGAUCUUCAAAACGUUCGUCUGACAGAUUAUUAGCCAGUAGCUACUGAUAAUGCGAUCUAUUCUGGUCAUAGGUUUGGGAACAAUUAACAAAUUUAAUCACGUCUCAAAUUUCAAAGAUACUGUAAUGCUACACGCAAAUUAAUCGUAGUCUCUGACGUUUAUAGUUUACAAAACACAGCCCGAAUUAUCGGACGAACUAUGAUUCAUUUUCUCAGUGAAAUCAAGCAGAAAUUCAAUAAAUUUAGUGAACUAUAGUCUCGCGCUUUGGGAAUAUAUUCUACAUCGUGUAGUAUGAGACAUUCAUUGUGAUUUAUCUAUGUUUAAAAAUGUAUUUCAAAUGAGCCAUGGAUAUAUAUCGAGUAUCGUUUAGACGCUGAGCUGAGAUAGGAUUAAUAUUAUAUGAAGUGAAAUUAAUGUUUUCCAAACAAUGAAAGACUGAUUGAGUUCCUAUGUUGUACUCGUUGCGUUAGCAACGCACACAAAUUAAAAGCAAUUAUGUGCGAUUUGCAUAAUUCGCAUUAUAUGAAGAGGCGUUUACUACUCCCACAUAUAAUUAAUUUUGAUAAUACGAAUUCAAUCUGCCUUUUCAUUGGUCGAUACCCAUAAUAUACAGGACAGACUGACGGCUGACGCCAUUUCAAUGACGAAAUAUCUUCAUUCCUUUUAAGCCAAUAAUGCCGGCAGAUUUUACGUGAGUUAGUUACAUUUGAGUUACAAAUCAUGAUUCCAGCUAUGACUAAAUUUUGAUCUAGGCAAGAAGAACAAAAUCCAUCACCACAGCUAGAAAGAGCAUGUUAAAAUUAGUAAAAUUGCAAAAUUUGGCGGCGAAAUGUUAAAAUGCGGAGAGAAUAUAGCCCCACGAAAUUUGCAAAUUUUGUAUUAAUUUGUAUUUUGUAUUACGCACGGGAAAAUGUAGUAUUCUUCUUGCCUAGAUCAAAAUGUAGUCUAUAUAUAGCAAGAAUCAUGCAUCCAUUAAAGUAGCACUCGUGUAAACCCAAAAUAUUUCAUAUCUAUUUGUUGAGUAGUUUAUUUUCAAACUCGUUCUAAAAUUUUCACCUUCACUGAUUUUUUUAGAACUCACAAACAUGAAAAAGGGCUCCCGCGGUGCGAAGAGACAAGAUGUAUGGCUCAGAGUCGACCCAGACGCCCCUGAGAGAAUACUCAUUUCAACCCAUGAGAACGAAGCAGAAAAUGGCGUUCGCUAUCGUCGUAGGACCACUUCGUUCAAAGGACGCAGGCCCAACGAAAAACGUCGCGCUUCCUUGCCAGCUUUUUAUAAACUGAACAUCAAACCAAAAGCUACCAGAAAGAAUCUUAUUCAAAAAAUCGGUUCGCGUUUGGCGAGAAUCGGCGACGAACUGGUCCACCGAAACGGUAUUUCGCAUAAAGCGAGUAAAGAUGUUGUAAAGAGUUGCGAAAAUGAAUCGAAAACCGUGAAACAAUACGCGAGACAAUUGGCAGACAUUGGGGAUUAUUUGAACGCGGUGUAUUCGACAGAAAGUUCCCUCGUGUAUUCUGAAAACUAUCAUACAACCUUAGCCGAGAACUGUUUGGUCUUAACGUCGAUUUUGAUCGGGUUAAAAAACAAUAAUAUCGUCGUGGUCAAUGCCAGCGAUUUGAACACAUUGUCUUCCAUAUGUCGAGUGCACAGAGCUAAGUCCUUUUCUAGGGCUAGAAAAUAAAUUGAAUUUGUAGACUUUUUGAAAUAGCAAUAUAGAAUUAUAGUCGAAUAAUAUAUCAAACUUUAGUUAUAUAGUGAUUAUUUAUAUUAAUAUAUAUUGGCAAAACUACAUUGGUUGUCUAGAAUGUUUGUAUAUAUCAUAUUAGCGUAUGAAAAUAGUUAGAAUUGUUAUUAAAAUAUAUUACAUUGUAAAUAUUAUGAAUGAAUUUAUGAUGUGAAAAAUAAAGGUAGUGAUUUGUUAUUUGGUAUGGUUCAGCAUAUUCUGCGCAAUUCAGCGCAAAUCCCAUAAGCUCCAAAUGGCGUGUUCUCGGCGUAUAUAAAGAACUUACAAAGUUCGUACUGCUGUUAGCUAAGUUAAACAGUCCCUAUCAAAGUGUUUAACGGUAUAGUACCUACCAACAGUACCUAUAUAAGCUACACGUUUAAAACUCUCACAUCUUGUAGCAAGUCUGCCACAAGUUGUGUAAUUCGCACUGCUUGUCCCAAGUUGUCAACAAGUUUGGAACAAGCUGUUAACAACUUGUAACAAGCUUGAUGAUACUAUCAGACUUGUUCUGCAAGUUUGUUCCAACAAGUCCAAUACAGUCGUGAUAUAACAAUAUUGUUACAACCUUGUGUGAUCAACCUUGCAACAUUCUUAUAUCAUGACUGUAUCAGACUUGUUAGAACAACCUUGUAACAAGUCUGAUAUAAUGCCAUCAAGCUUGUUACAAUUUGUUAACAGCUUGUUCCAAACUUGUUACAACAACUGGGAACAAGCAGUGCGAACACAACUUGUCGACAGCUUGUGAACAGAUUUGUAACCAACUUGUUUACAGACUUCAGUAAUGAUCGAUACCUUUUAUCACUUUUUUUUAUAACAACGUUAAGAAUUCAAGCACUUUCAUUGGUCGAGAGCCAUGAUCUAUUCGAGGACAGGGAGGCUGUUCCAUUUACUGUUCGGAGUACUCCAGAUUUUCGAAACACUAAUUAAAUCGAACCAAUAAUAGUCACAUGACUGUUCCGACGGUCACAUGACUUUCCUGGC